AAGAAACAAACCUUCCCUCCCAGGACGGCGGAGCUUCGCCCCGUUGCCUGGAUACAAACGCGAAAGGUGUCGCAUUCAGAGGAAUGUUUGUUAAGGAAACUGGGUUUUCUCGGCGGACAUUGUGGCUUUCAGUCAUCCAUGCCGCCUAUUGGUGACUCUCCUUCGGCCUGAGCCCGAAUGUCGCUGGUUUCCUCGAUGCUGCCGAAGACGCAGUCGGUGUGAAAACAGCGCCAUUUCUGCUGGCGUCCAUGAUACGCGAUGCUACCGCAGCGGAUUCCAGAGCUCAAGCUCGGAACGGCAGCGGGAGAGAGAUAGCCGCUCCUCUUUCGCUGUUUCGCUCUACUUCAGCCCACGGCAUCUCAUGCCGGUGAAGUAAGGCAGACUCCCAACAUGGACCGCUCUGACUGAGACCUAAACACGUCUUGUGUUUUGCUCUGCAGCUGAGAUCUGUCAGCAGCAUAAGCCAUGCCUCACGAGUGAAAUUUCUUUCUUUUUUUUUUUUCUUUUUGCUAAAAGCAAUAAAAACAAAAGAUCCUACAUGCCUCCCCAUGUAGAGCCCCUUCAGUGCAUCCUGCUGGAGUGACCCCCCACCUCUUCCAGGAAAGUUCUGCCUUCUCCUCCCUCCUUUUCCGUCUUCACCUGCCGCCCUACUGUCGCUCUCCAUCACAAUGCUGCUCUGCCUGAGAAUGGCCAAAACCUGAGGUCCCAUGCGUCCAGUGAGCACCGAUUCAGACGGUCCUGCUCCUCCUGAGAACUUCUCUUGCCCCUAUCCCUUUGUGGGCCCCCUGCCUGCUUCAGAGAUGUCCCUGCUCCAGUCGCUGGGUCCAGUGCAGAGCUGGCUCGGCCAGGAGCUUGAGAAGUGCGGGAUUGAUGCUAUGAUUUACACCCGCUACGUUCUCAGCCUCCUCCUGCAUGACAGCUAUGACUAUGACCUGCAGGACCAGGAAAAUGACAUCUUCCUGGGAUGGGAGAAGGGAGCUGGGAAAAAAUGGGGCAAGAGCAAGAAAAAAGGAGGAACUGACCUGAGUCUGGAAGAAAUGAAGAAGCAAGCUGCUGUGCAAUGCCUUCGCUCUGCAUCUGAUGAAAAUUCUGGAAUUGAGAGUCUGGUUGAAGAGCUCUGUACUAAACUAAAGGACAUCCAGAACAAGCAAAAAGAAGAAAAACGUAUUCAGAAGAAAUCGGAUGGUUCCCAGUCUCCAGAGCGAGUUGAAUCCCCCUCUUCAAAGGACCAGGUGGAAAUGUACUAUGAAGCCUUUCCUCCUUUGUCAGAGAAAUCGGUUUGUCUCCAAGAAAUCAUGACCGUGUGGAACAAGGCAAAGGCCAGCGCAUACUCAAGUUCAUCCUCUGCAGCCCCACAAACCAGCACUGAUACUUCCUCCCCCAAAGAUAACAGUGAAGGUGAAACUACAAAGGAGCGAAACUCUGAAGCUUGUGGCAUCAUCACCACUGUGACCAAUGAGAGAGGCCACCAACGACGAAGCAAAAAGGAGAAGGAAAACAGAUACCAAGGGGGUGCAUCCGCAGAGGACAAAUCUACUGUCCACUUAAAGAGACAGAGUAGACACAGAUCUGAGGGCAAAUACCGACCCAGAUCCUGGUCAUCUGGCUCCAGUGAGGCAGGCUCAAGCUCGAGUGGGAAUCAGGGUGACUCAAGGUCGUCCAAAAACAAGAGCGUAAGAAUGCGGCACAAGUCUAGGGAGGCUGUAAAGAAUAAAAGGACACGCAACAGUGGGCAGGUGAAGCUGCAGAUGAAGGUUAUUGAAAAAGAGGAGCGAAGAAACCCAGGAGGAAGCAGUACUGCUGCCAUUGGUGGUACUGCUAGCAAACAGUCCCAGCUUUACAAAAAGGGGAAGAGACCGCUAAAGGAGAUUCGUAAAGAUCCAGGCUGGUUGGAAGCAAAAGAGUCCGGAGUUGAGGCCAGAAACAAGAAGGAAUACAUGGAGGAGCCACUUUGGUACACUGAGCCCAUCACAGAGUAUUUCACACCUUUCAGCAGCCAUCAAAGCAAGCUGGAAACGAAAUAUCGAAGCAAAGAAGACUUUGCAGAUGGCUACGACUUGACAUCUGACAUGGAUCGAUUGUCAGAUAAAAUCCAGGGUGUCUGUGUUGCCAGUGAGCAUUACCAGAGAGCGUACAUGGCUGCAGGCUCAUUUGUAGAUGGGCACUUUGUGGAAGGGCUUGUUGAAGCCGAAGAUGAAAGUGCUGGCCUCACUGGGACUUCAAGUUGCCCUCAGCCAGAGGAUAGAAGAGAUUUAGAUGACAAGCAUCUGUCUGAAUUCACCGACUUCUAUGAAGUUGAUAUUUAUCAAUCCAUGUUGGAUACUAGUGCCUCAGACUCAAUACAAGAGAGUAGGAUCUUAAGCAUGAUUCGACAAAAGAGCAAGGAGCGAGGAGAGGUUGAGGCAGGAUGUCGUUUAGUGUUAGAUGGACUUGAGCAGCAAGGGAAAAGUGCAAUACGGGCAGACUCACAGGAAGCUUCAGGAUCUGUUGGGUUUUUAAUGGAGGACCUUGAAAAUAUGGUUCAAGUUUGGGGAUGUUACUCACCAUCCACUUCUGAAGACGUAGAUGGAGAAAGCUUUAUUGGAGAUUCUCCCGUUCGACUCUCCCCUCUUCUCGAUAGUGUGUCAUACACUUUGAGCAAGUUGUCUGGAAAUGUGGAGGAGCCCCCUGCCCCUGAAACUACCAGUGAACCAUCAGGCCUGAACUCAUCCUGCUUCUCUCUGUUUGAGCUGCAGUAUGACAGCCCCACUUUUCCUCUUCCCCACGAAUCACUCUCUGUUGGUCACGAAAACAACACAGAUUCUAGCAGCUGUCUUGAGCCACACUCUAAUAAACAGUCUCGCUUGUUAAUAUGGACCAAAAAUAGUGCCUUUGAUGAAACUGAACACUGUUCUAACCUAUCAACGCGAACUUGCAGUCCGUGGUCACAUUCAGAGGAAACUCGGUCAGACAACGAGCAAGGAAACGCUACAGCAGAAGAUGCUGCCCAGAUUGGCAAUGACGAGAAUGAUUGUGUAAUCCCUCCUCUUCCUGCUACAUAUCGAGAUGACCAAAUCUUGGAUUUUCUGCAGGAGGACUCUGGUAAAAAAUGUGAAAAGGUCAGUGUUAGCACAGCGUCCAAUCAGACCUUCACCAAAAUAUCUAAAUUGGAGUCCGUUUGUGGCAUAGCAUUGGAAAGCAAUGACAGCAAACAGUACAGCACUGGGGGGUUUCUGGACAACAGAAACAAACAGAGUGAAGAUUACAGCUCAGGGAUAAUAAAAGACAUUUGGACUGCUAUUGGAGAUGGAAAAGCUGCAGGACCUGGAACAGAAAAAGCAACCAAGGGUCUCUUCUCCCAAGAGCCAAGCCCUUACUGUUGCAGCUGUCUAGAAGAUCAGACAAAAGGCGUUCCAUUGCAAAGGCCUCAGAAAAAGGCAGUGCAGCGGUCAGAAUAUCACCUAUGGGAAGGCAAGAAGCAAGAGCAAGACUUAGCCAAAAACAGCCUCUCCAAGGUGGAUGGUGCCGGGGAUUACAUGACUCCGUCCAAGCCCUGGGACUUAAACUCUGACAAGGAGAGCACAUCAUUUAUUCUCGGAGGGGUGUACGGAGAGUUGAAAACACUAAGCGGAGAUAAGAAUUGGGCCGUUGUGCCACCAAGUGGCGCUCACGGCAGCUUGCUACAAUGUGCUGCUGCUGCUGCAACUGCUUCUAGCUCAGACCUGCUCACCAUCACUGGCAAAGAUGUGUUCAUGAACACGGGCAGCUGCUUUGCCCCAGGGCACAGGCCCCUAUGGAGGCCUCUUGUGUCAUUUGGACAGAGUGACCAAGCCAUCAGAGGAAGUGGGGAUGGAUUGAAUAAGGGAUUUUCAUUGAUCUUCCAUGAAGAUUUGCUUGGAUCUUACAGAGGCUUGCAUAGUGAGGAUCAAGGUUUAGAGUACCCUUUUGCAUCCUUUAACCUGAACAAUCCCUUCUCUCAAGUCCUCCAUGUUGAGUGUUCCUUUGAGCCUGAGGACAUGGCUUCGUUCAGUCCAGGAUUCAAGCCAAAGUCUAUUCUUUGCUCGGACUCUGAGAGUGAACCCUUCCAUUCACAAAUAUACGGUAUCAACCGAACGCAGUACAGGGCCAUUCGCAUUUCCCCCAGGACCCAUUUCCGACCAAUAUCAGCUUCAGAGUUGUCUCCUGUUGGAGUAAGUGAUUCCGAGGCUGAAACUGACAAAGAGGAAACGGGUUUUCCUGUCUUGGCACCAGUGGAUGUCUUUGAUGAUCCUCAGGCAGACCUCAAACCUCUUGAGGAGGAUGCGGAAUGUGAGGGCCCUUACUACGGAAAGUCAGAACUGGAAUCUGGUAAAUUCCUACCCAGGUUAAAGAAGUCUGGCAUGGAGAAGAGUGCCCAGACUUCUCUGGAUUCACAGGAGGGUUCGAGUUCCCUCCUGCCCAUUGCUGAGCAAGAGACUUGCUUAGACUGCAAAACGGCAGCAGCCGCAUCGGAUGCUGGAGGACAAACGGACGUUUCAGUUGGAAAGGUUCAAAGAGAAGAAUCUGCAGCUGAAAAACAGUCCUGUUUGAGUUCACCAGCAGGUCCCAUCCCCAAGUAUGGGAUGGCUUAUGACUUUGUUGGUGAUGUGCCAGAGUUUUCCCUGUUAAAUAUUCGUGGACAGGCAGAAACAGAAAGCCAGCAAAACGAGUGUUGGUGGCAGAACACAAUCUGCCCACCCCCCUUUCCCUGGAUCCCAGUGUACAGGGAUCAGCAACAUUUGAAUACUCCAGUUCUGCAGAGGACACCUGUCUCUGAGAGCAACUCCUCCACUCUUGUGACUGGACAUCUUCCAGGAAAGAUUUAGGAUCACCUGAGAGCUGGAAAACUUAAUGUAGGCUAAUUUUCUGAGACGUCUUCAAACCCAAACCAUAACCCUGUUGGUUUUCUUUUACUAACUUAAGAAACCUUGUGUAAUCAACAAUCAGAUCAUCAUUAAGAGUGGAAAUAGGAAAAUUCCCUUAAAAAAGGUUAAAAAAAAACAAAAAAAAGGUUCUGUCUUUUGAGUGAUGCCAUGAGAAGAUGUGUAUCUUAUCAUUUGUUUCAGUUCUUCUGUGCACUGGUUCUCACAGUUUAAUAGUUUGGACAAUUGUUUUUUGUUCUAUUCAUGUCUGCCUCUGUUCCCAUGUUUUUGAGUUUGAGCUAAGAUUCUGGUGGUUGAUGGUGUCUGAAUGGUUGUACAAGUGUCUGUCCAGCCGGUCUCACUCCGCUUUUUCUAGUUGAACCUAAUGUUGUGUGGAACGCCUGCUAUCGCAUCCUCUACUUUCCAUUGACAACUUGGAAAGAGACAUUUGAAUUUAUGCAAGGACCCGAGAGUUUAAUUUAUAGUUUGUUUGGAUGACUUUCUGAAUGUGAAGUAGAGAAUGUGUGCAGCUUUUCUUGAAUAUCUGUAAAUUCCUCAUGUGUGAAAAGUUACAAGUCGCAUUGUUGAAUGGUGAUAGUCUUUCAAAGUUAGAAGUAGACAGUGUGGUUUAUGAGACUGAAAAAAAUAUUAAUAAUAAAAAAAAAUAAAAUAACCGGAAAUCAAAAGGAGUUUUGUUGGCAAAAAGAUUACUAAACUUGAAUUUGCUUUGCUUCUUAAGAAAUUGGGAUAGGCGUGAAAACCCAUAGUGAAAAACAAACGGGACUACAGCCAUUUUGGCCAAAGCCUGUCACAACAGAAACUUUGGUUUCUUUUCUGUUAAUUCUGUGGUACAGACAGUGGUGCUACAAACACGCUCAAAGUAUUCUGAAGUUGCAGUUCCAUUAUUGUGGCUUUUCAUAGUUGAUGGCAAAAUUUAAUUUCAGGUCAGAUUGUUUUUUUUUGUUUUGUUUUUUUUUUAAACGCUUUGUGUGACCACAGUUCCUGCUGUGUGCCACGACUGCUAAAUUAUCAGGCUGCAACAGCCCAGGCAGAAAUACUGCCUGCUAAUAUACUCUGGCAUUUCAGUGCAUCGUUUUAAGUAUGUGCACCCCCCUUCCAACUUAAGGGACAGUCAGUGAUUUUUUUUUUUUUUUUUCUUUUUUUGCAACCAAACCAGCAUAAAGUAAACACAAUGGAGCAAAUAUAAAACCAAAAAGACGCUGUAAAUGCACCAAGAAAAAAGUUUUUUUUUUGAGCAUCUGUGGUGUUUUUAAUUUUUGGUUUAUAAUAUAUCUUGUUGAAAAAUAGAUCAGACUCUGUGUUUGGGGCACAGAGUCCUGCAGAGCUUCAUUCGAAAGCAUCAAAGGAAAAAACAAACCAUCUUUGUGUAGGAUUGGCAAUAAAAUCCUUGGGGUGAGGUGCAGUACCCCUCCACAAAUGUAAGGUUUUAAUGAAAACAUUAUUUUUUUUUUUGUUUAAAUAUAUAUUUUCAGAAUGCUUGUUAGGAUUGUGACUUCAGUGCCGCGUCCUUCCAGGAACAUGAAGCACAGAAAUAAGUUAAAAAAGUGUGCGCUUGGUACGGCACAGCCGCAGGUGAAGGUGUCUACUGUAGACAUGGCUUCUGCUUUAGUAAAUGAAAAGAUUGUGAAGGCUCGCGUUUAUUGCCACUUCAAAUUUAAAGGUAGUGGAAAGAAACAAGCUUAGCCCCAUGUCUCCAUUCUUUGACAGUCACUCAGGAAUUUUUUAUCCCAACAUAACCACAUCCAGACCACCUGUGACAGUGCAUUGACGCAUUCAUCCAAAACCAUUUUCUUGAUUGUAAAACCAUUGAUCGUUCUUUUCCAGCAACCUGACGAGGUAGCUGCCCUUAGUUCUAGAGCGAUAGUCUUAGAAGAGAAAAACUGAAGUGAUGUGGAAGGGAAUUGUGGAGCCCUGAGUUCUAUGCAAUACCUUGGUGCAUGUAAACACUCGAGAGAACAAAGUCAUGCUUCAUGUUUGCAUGUGGAUUUUUUUUUUUUUUUUUGGAGUGAUGGACACCUGAGGAAAACAAACAGCAGAAUGUCUGAGAAACAAAGCAUGCAAUGUCACACUCCACCUUUUUCAGUUGGAUUAAAUGCAGUUUUGUUCAAAUGAUGAAAGCGCAAAGUUAAAGAGAACGCCACAAUUUGGUGUGUUUUAGUCUGUAUGUGUGCAGGAAACUGAUGCACUGGGAUGGUUUCAUCUCGUCUGUUCUUUAUUCUUCCAUUUUCGAUGGGUUGUGUUUUACUACUAAAAACUGGCUGAGAAAAUUCAUUCAGCGAGGGUGCAGAAAGAGGGGUGUGCUGAGUUUCAAAUGCUUUGUGGUCUGAAGAACUUAUCCAACACAGAAAAGGCAGUUUUCCUCAUCUUUUCAUCUCCACCCUGAUGAUACUCCUCUGCCCUUCCCUUCUGUCUUCCUGAAUAUCAUCUGUUCCCAGUAGCAGUGUUCUAAUUUAACAUGCACCCAGACUUAAAUUAUUUUGGUUCAUUGUGGAUUUUCUUAACAUCUAAUAAAGGAAUAAACCAAA